AACUUGCUGAGUGUGUUAAGGCCCCGCCCUUCCCGAGCCCAGCCCGAGGCCGCCCCUAGCGCCUUCCCAGCCCACUCCUGCUGUUUCUCGGAGGUGCCAGAGAAGCAGACUGUGGCCCAUGGGGCCCUCGGUGCUGCCAGCCUGGCUGCAGCCCAGGUAUAGGAAGAGUGCGUAUCUUUUCAUCUAUUACUUAAUUCAGUUCUGUGGCCACUCAUGGAUACUGACAAACAUGACAGUCAGAUUCUUCUCAUUUGGGAAAGAUUCAAUGGUCGACACGUUUUACGCUAUUGGUUUGGUUAUGCGGGUUUGCCAAUCCAUUUCCCUCUUGGAGUUACUGCACAUCUAUAUUGGCAUUGAGUCAAAUCAGCUUUUCCCAAAGUUUUUGCAGCUUACAGAGAGAAUUAUCAUCCUUUUUGGGGUGAUCACCAGUCAAGAGGAGGUCCAAGAGAAAUAUGUAGUGUGUGUUUUAUUCAUCUUUUGGAAUCUACUGGAUAUGGUAAGGUACACUUACAGCAUGCUGUCAGUCAUAGGGACAUCUUAUGCUGUCUUGACAUGGCUCAGUCAAACACUAUGGAUGCCAAUUUACCCUCUGUGUGUUCUUGCUGAAGCAUUCACCAUCUAUCAGUCACUGCCUUACUUUGAGUUAUUUGGCAAAAACUCCACCAUGCUUCCGUUUGAUAUAUCUACCUAUUUCCCUUACGUGCUGAAGCUAUAUCUCAUGAUGCUCUUCAUAGGACCACAACGAGAAACACAGCGCAUAUUAGGCAACACCAGCUACGCUGGUCUUGCUUUUGUGUGAAAACUUAAGAACUGACAUGAAAGUUGACCAGCGACUAUAUGGGGCUGGAAGCCAGCAGAAGGGAUGUGAGAUUUGACGAGUGCAUUCCACAUGCAUGUGUGGAAAUACCACACUGAAUCCACUAAUAUGCACAGCAACACAGGAAACCUGAAAUCGAAGAGUGAAGUUAAUAAAAGUAAAUUAAUCAGAGGUAGUGUGGGCUAGUAGAAAACUGUAUUUGAACAAAUGUGAUCAGUUAAAUGUUCUCCAGGAAGCUAGGGGAAGACUUUUAUUAUUUACAUUUUCCUGCCCCUACCCUUUACAAAUUAUGAAGAUAAUAGUCAUUUCUGCGAGACAAUAGCUUUCAAGUGUAAGAAUACCACAUAUGUACAACAAUGCCAAGCAACCAGAGCUUCCAGGGACUAAGCCAAUACCUAAAGACUAUACAUGGACUGACCCUGGACUCUGACCUCAUAGGUAGCAAUGAAUAUCCUAGUAAGAGCACCAGUGGAAGGGGAAGCCCUGGGUCCUGCUAAGACUGAACCCCCAGU